GGAAAUUAUUGACAUCUGGUUCCUCCUAGGCACCAAGUUGCAGUACUUUGUAUGUGUUUGAAAGUCUUAGUUUGACAAAUUAUAACAAUUUUGUACUUCUUCACUGUAUACUUCUGGUUGCAAUGAGUGUUCUCGUAAAUUUGAUGAUUUUCUUGGUAGGGUUUGGUAACCUUAAUGAUGCUACUGAUGAUGAUGUUAGUGGAGGCCCAUUGAAAACUUUGAAGGAAAAUUGGAAAAUGGGAGGAGUGUGUGGAGGUCUUGUCGUUGUCUUUGAAGAAAUUAUUGGGGUGCCAAAAGUCAUGCUUGUAAGUUCUAUCGGAAAUUGUUGGCUGAGUAUUGUCCUGACGAGGCAUCUAAAACGUUUCCCAAGUAUCAUUCUGCCAAGACAGGGACCUUCUUAA